CUCAGUCGGUCAGUUCAGAGACGUGCGUGUGUCUCGGGGUGUGGGCUUUGGGGACCGGCAGUCGGCGGUAAACGGACUGGAGAAUACCUGAUGUUGCAUCUCCGUUUGAGCGCAUAGGGAGCGCAGGACCUCUCCCCCUCAGAAGGUUGGGACUCACCCUGCUGCAGUGAGACCCUAUUUGGGUAAAAACCUGGAUGAAGAUGGAGUCGUUGAUCCUCUGGAGGACGGUCUUCAUCUUCCUCUUGCUCCCUGCUGUCCAGUGUUCAGAGAGUCAGUCCCAGGCGGCAGUGUUCCUGCCAGAGUUUGCCCUCUCACCUCAGGGCAGCUUCAUGGAGGAUGCCACAGAGGAUCAGUUUCUAACCUACAGAUACGACGACCAGACGUCCAGGACGACCCGCUCUGAUGAAGACAGAGACAUUGGAUGGGAUGCUUGGGGUCCCUGGAGUGAUUGCUCUCGAACUUGUGGAGGAGGAGCCUCCUAUUCUCUACGACGCUGCCUCAGUGGAGGAAACUGUGAUGGCAAAAAUAUCCGCUACAGAACCUGCAGUAACACGGACUGCCCCCUAGAGUCAGGUGAUUUCCGUGCCCAGCAGUGUUCAGCCCACAAUGACAUCAAGUACCAGGGUGUCACUCAUGAGUGGGUUCCAGCACCUUAUGACUCCUCUGCACCUUGUGCGCUGCGGUGCCAAGCUAAAGGUGGAAGCCUGACUGUUGAACUGGCCCCUAAGGUGCUGGAUGGGACACGAUGCCGGGUGGAUGCCUUUGACAUGUGCAUCAGUGGAGUGUGUCAGGAGGUGGGUUGUGAUCGGCAGCUUGCCAGUGGUGCCAGGGAGGAUAACUGUGGCGUCUGCGGUGGUGAUGGAUCCACAUGUCAGCUGGUACGAGGACAGGCCCUACCCCACCUAACACCAGAACAAUCUCUGAAGACAGUGCUGGAGGUGCCAGCAGGAAGCCGCUUUCUCAGACUCAAUGCCAAAGGCCCUGAUAUGAUAGUCAUUGAAGCUGUCUCUCUUCAGGGGAGGAAGGAUGAGACCAAUCUCGUGUCUACAGGCUCCUAUGAAAUUGGAAACACCUCCUUGGACUUUCAAAGAGGGACUGACAGACAGACACUCAGAACACAUGGCCCACUCAAUUCUGAUUACAUUAUCAAGAUGAAGUAUGGCGGCUCCAAGGACACAGUUGUCCAGUUUCUAUUCUACCAGCCAAUUAGGUACCAGUGGAGAGAGACUGACUUCUUUCCCUGUUCAGUCACUUGUGGAGGAGGCUAUCAGUUGAACUCUGCAGAGUGCAUAGACAUCCGCUCCAACCAGAGCCUGCCUGAGCACCACUGUCACAGUUUUCCUGAAAACACCAAACCCACACCAAAACUCAAAGAGUGCAACAUGGACCCCUGCCCAGAGAGUGAUGGAUUCAAAGAGGUCAUGCCAUAUGAUCACUUUCAGCCUCUGCCUCGCUGGGAGCAAGGCCCCUGGACCCAGUGCUCGGUGUCCUGUGGUGAAGGUGGUGGCUGGCAGGAACGCAGUGUGCUGUGUGUGGAAGAAGACACCCACGGACAGUUCUCCCAGGUGGAGGAGUGGAAGUGCGCCCACUCCCCUCGACCUGUCACUCGGAAUGUCUGCAACUCCUUUGCCUGUCCCCAGUGGGUGGCCAUGGAGUGGUCUCAGGCUGAGGCCCUGCUGAGGUUGGCUCUGGCUGUUCUGAGCACGACGUCAUCGCCGGACUUGAAAGCGGCGUUCCGUGCUUUCAGCUUGUCCCGUACCUCCUGUGUCAUCCAUGGCUUCUCGAUGGCCUUGGUGGAGAUGUGCUUCAUGAUGCAGACGUCCUCUAUGCACUUUCGGAUAUUUGUGCCUGGACCCUGGUCACCCUGCAGCACCACCUGUGGACCUGGCAGGCAAACGCGGGAGGUGAAAUGCCGGGUGCUGCUUUCUUUCACUAAGACAGAAGUGGACCUUCCAGAGGGGGAGUGUGGCGAAGACCGACCCCAGGUGGAAAGGCCUUGCAACCAGGGGUCAUGUACCAGAGUUACAGGCAUCUCUUCAGGCCUCCAAGACCACGGUGCUCCCUUCAUCCAGACUGAUGAACUAUAUAGCUGGGACUACAGGGGCUUCACUGCAUGCUCAGCCCCAUGUGCUGCCGGGAAGCAGACAGCAGUUGUGAGGUGUGUUAACAGGAAGCAAGGUGAGGAGGUGGAGGAUUCUUUGUGUGAUUCAUCCAGCAGGCCGUCAGUAAUGAUCCGCAUCUGUAAUCCUGAGCCAUGCCCCGCAAGAUGGGAGUUAACAGCGUGGACUGGCUGCUCUGCGUCCUGUGGCGUCGGCAUACAGACCAGGAGUGUUUUUUGCAUGCGUCUGUUAUCCAUUGAUCAGCAGGAUAUUCUGACUGUUUCAGAGAGAGAGUGCAGGGACUUCAAACCUGCCAUCCUGCAACCCUGCAACCAAGUGGACUGUCCUCCGGCCUGGGAGACCGAACCUUGGCAGCAGUGCUCCCAGUCCUGUGGUGGUGGUGUCCAGGUGAGGAAGGUCUAUUGCAAGCAGCUCCUCUCCACAGGGGCCUAUAGAAGGCUGGGAGACAAGGUCUGCUGGGGAGUCAAACCCGCCACUAACAGAGGUUGCAACAAUAUUGACUGUCUCCCUUACAUGGCAGGAGGAGAAUGGGGAAAGUGCUCUGUGUCCUGUGGUUUGGGGAUCCAGCGUAGGGAGCCACUCUGUCGCCAGUUGAGGGGCAUGGGCCAACAGGUGACGCUGGCCAGGGAGCAAUGCGUAGGUUUGAGCUCCCCUCCACUCGUACGAACCUGCCGCAUGCUGGCCUGUCCCAAGCACAAAAAGGACACGAGACCCAAAGACACCCAGAAGGUUCCAAUAAACAACCAAGUAAAGCAGACAGUGAGACAUCAAGCAAAACCUAGAGGCUAUGAGAAGGAAGUAAAACGGUGUCCCCUGCUCAUGGGUAUUCACCGCAUCUAUAUCCAGACCCGCAAAGAGAAACGCCUCCACCUGACAAUUGGUGGCCAUGCCUUCCUUUUACCCAAUACCUCUCUCGUCAUCAAAUGCCCUGUCAGAAGGUUCCCCAAAGUCUAUAUCCGCUGGUUCAAAGAUGGGAGCCCCUUACCCAGUUUCAAACACCUGGGCAUCACCAAAUCUGGGUCUCUGAAAAUCCAUGCACUUGGGGCACAGGACAUCGGGGUGUACAAGUGUGUUGCUGGACCUGCCUCAGACAUUUUCACACUCCAGCUGAUAGGCAUAGACAGCAGGUCAACUGACAGACUAUCUACUGCCAGUCCAAGUCCCAACUGGGAGGAAAUGUUGCCUAAAUGCCACUGGCACUACUCAGGCUUGGAGUUGUUCAAGCCUGGAGUAUCUCUGCUGCCCCUUGGUGACCCGCAGGUCUCCCUGCUGCCACGGGUGAAGGAGCGGCUGAUUAAUAUCACACUGCAGGCUGACAGAGGAGAGAUUCAGCAGGAGCAGGCUUCAGAACUCAUCUCCUCGAUGCUGACCCACAUGUCUGCUUCCCAGCUCUGGACCACAACUACAAAGAGAGAAGGACAAGAUAAAGACAGACUGCCCAACUGGUCUGAGCACUCUUCACUGGAGUUGGUUGUGACCAGACCACUGAUCAUCAGACCGCAGCAGAUCCUUCCACUGACUUUUCAAAAGAAUAUCAACAUCAGUAUCGGACACAGCGCCCUUCUUGCCAACGGCACACGAUCGCUGACGAUACGCUGUCCUGUAGAGGGCUUCCCACCUGCCAAAAUCAGCUGGACCAAAGAUGGAACUCUGCUGCAUCACAAUGACAGGAUAUCCUGGAAUAGUGAAGGCCUUCACAUUAUUCAGCCCAGAAUGUCUGACAGAGGCCAGUACAAGUGCACAGCUGCCAACACUCAUGGCUCAGACUCAGAGAUAUCUCAGAUACUGCUCCCAGAGCCACCAGUCAUCACAGUCUCAUGGAGGAAUGUGUCAGACCAUGGGGUAGCGCCAGGCUGCAGCUUGAGGGCCACAGUUGGAGGACGAGUCAGCAUUCGCCCAGGCACUAACCUCACUCUGGAUUGUCCCGUCACUGGCGUCCCUCAACCCUCAGUGACAUGGCACAGGAAGAAUGGACCAUUGGAUGCCAGUGCUGUUUCCCUGCCAUCUGGCUCACUGUGGAUCAGAAAUGUUUCUCUGCAUAGCCACGGCACCUACUCCUGCACUGCCACUAACACAGUAGGAAAGUCCACUGCCUCUAUUGUUCUGCAGGUCUACGGUCUACAUCCAGCUGGAGGAAGCAGAUUUCUUCCAGUGUCACAAGAGCUGAACAGGAGACGGAUUCUGAUGGCAUCACGCCGUGGAACAAGUGUUUCCAUCAAACCCGGAGACAUUCUGCGUAUAGGUUGUCCAGUUGUCCUUGACCACAAAUCACCUGUGCACUGGGACUAUGACAACCAGACUCUGAAGGAGGUUUCAGGUUCAGCUUAUGCCCAGGAUCCUGUUCCAGGUCAGGGGCUGCAGUAUAGGAUGCUGGUGGGUGGUCGUGUCCUUGAGGUCAACACAAUCCAGGUUAAGUUCUCAGGCCGGUACGGAUGCCAGACCUCCAUCAACAGCACCGGGCAAAUACUGUCUGCCUGGAUACAUGUUCAUGCUGAAGAGUUUGGCUGGCGUUUUGGAGGCUGGACCACUUGCAGUGCUUCCUGUGGGAACAGAGGGACUUGGCUGCGGAGGAUUCGUUGUGUCACUCUGGAUGGAAAGGAUGUUCAACACACCAUGUGUCAGCACAUACCCAAACCCAUCACCUCCCCAGUCCCCUGUAACAGACAGGACUGUUCUCCCAGAUGGUCAGUAUCACAAUGGUCAAAGUGCUCAGUCUCAUGUGGAAGUGGAUGGAAACACAGGCAGGUCUCCUGUCAGCAGCUGGACGCCAGAGGUGUCGUGAGGACUCUAGAAGCAGAUGCCUGUGAGAGGAUGAGCCGGCCUGCAGACACAGAGCAAUGCACUGCCAAUAAUUGUCCCAUCUGGGUAACCAGUGCAUGGGGAAAGUGUUCAGGGAUGUGUUCAGCCCCCACCACCACUGUACAGAAGAGAUCUGUCACCUGCCAACAUGCUAAUGGCUCAUCCUACGCAGACUGCGAUGUCAGGAACAGGCCUGUGUCAGUACGCAACUGCUCGUCAGACCUUUGUGAUGUUCAGUGGCGCCACGGCGAAUGGCGGGCGUGCACAGUUGUCUGUGGGAGUGGCUUUCAAUCUCGCAGAGUGGAUUGUGUACACCGCCGGAGUGGCAGAACUCUGGCUGACCAGCACUGUGCCUGGCUUCAACGGCCCUCUACCUGGCAGCACUGCAACACCUCCACAUGUGGGAGUGAAUGCAAGGACACCACCCAGUACUGCAGUGUGGUGAAAAGACUAAAGCUGUGUCAUGUGGAUAUGUACAAACAGAGAUGCUGUGGGUCAUGCUCACAGGAUGUGGACUCCACCUAGUGGUAAAGAACAGUUAUAACCACACAGAUGUUCAACUGAUGGGGUACAUGAGAGCAAAUGACUGAGCAAAGACUAAAUGGACGUCAUCUGUGAGUGGAUGCUUCAAUAACUGCACAUAUGUAAAGUGGACAAACUUCAGUCAGAAUCUUUGACCUCCUUAAAGGAAACUGAAUGGAGCUUCACAAAGCAAUGGAAGAAUGAUGGACUAUUUUUCCUGAUUUGGACCCAACUUCGUAGUAUUAAGUCAUGUGUUCACUAUGUGGAUCAAAUUGAGUUUUUGACUUUCCUAUAGAAACAGAUUUUCUUUUUUUUCCCUGUGAGAUUAAAAAAAAAAUAAAAAAGGUGGCCUGGUCAAAUACAAUACUCAAACUGAUCUAUUGCCAAUAUUAACUUUUAUUAGUGAACUGCCAAUAUUGUUAUUCACUGCUGAUAUAGGCGGGGUUCAUAACAUCAACUUGCAGGUGUACUUUUCUUGCUUUAAACUCCUAUUUAUUUAUUUGUAUAAUUGUUCACAGGUGUUUUUAUUCUUUAAAAAAAAAAAGGUGAAAUUGCAAUUUAUUACAACUUGAGUCUAAUUCUUCAUCGUUGUUACCAGAAUUUCUUCUCCCUGAAGGAAUUGCUGCAUUGUGGGGAUAUCUGGGAACACAUGACAACCUCUGUUAAGUCAAGAAACACAAAGCAGAUCGUAAACAAGCAACAGUAUCGCUAUAUUGUCCAUAUUUUAUUUGGAGCUAAAUGUGAGCGUGAGUAGCCCUGAAAUGAGUGUACAAUUUUAUUCCUACUCAGAAAUUAUGGCAAAGACUGCAAAAAACAAAACUCAUUUUGUAAUACAUUGAUAAUAUCCCUUAAUCUAUCCCUGUCUUUCCCUACCCUUAAGGAAAAGUGGUGUCUUACCUGCUUUAAAGAGCUGCUAACCCUAAGAGAAGUUAUUUACUGUAGGUUGCAGUGUGCCAUGAUAUAAUGUUAAAGUUUGGUAGACACACUGAAUUCUUCUUCUUCUUUGACAUGAAAACAAACUGUUUGAACGUACUGGCACUAAAACGUCAUGACAAAACCCAUGUUUGGUUGCCUAAGCCUAAAAUAUAUAUUGACUUUCAAAGAUCUAUAUUUGUUAAAUAUGCCUUACAGAUUGAAUGUUGAGGAUUUAGCAAAACCUUAAAUUAUGCUUAGUGCUGACUUUUUUUUUAAAUUUUCAGCACCAAUGUUUUUUAAAUGAUCUGUUUCUACUCUAUCGACGUAGCUCUUAGGGGAUGGCUGUGGUUCUGUAAAAUAUUGCCAAUUGCAAAUAAAUGCAUUGUUAAAUGUUAGGCAACUAGAAUUCUUUUCAAGGUUUGGGAAAGAUCAUGGAAAUGUUAAGAUUGAGCUUAGGGCUCAGUUACAGAUUGUCAUGGACUUCUGCCACCCAAGUCCAUCACAGCAGUUGUCCAAACACCAUGUGGAUCACCAGUCAAUCAAGAGGCACCUUCAGCCACAAUGUUGCAGAAACAUAGAAUAUAAGAGAAAACAGUGUUAUGACAGAAUUCUGGAGACUGAGGGACAUCCAAGGCAAAUGUGUUUGGGGUUGGGCAUCUAUGUCGAGACAGUUGGGGUUAGAACUGACCAUUGUUGGGGGAAUUACAAGCCAGGAGCAGAAUAAGAGUUCAAAACCUAAAGGUUCAAAAAUAUUUCAAGAGGAAUAUGUUAGAGAUUGAGACAAAGACACAAACAGUGUGUUUACACAGAGGAUGUUCCAAACACACUUUUCUGUCAUCUGUCUCGCAUGCAACUGAUGCAACAGAUAACUGCUUGCAGUUUUCUCUAUAUUCAUAUGAAUAGGGCACAAAGCAUAUUUUUUUUAUGCUUUAAGUUUUUUGUUUUUUUUUUAUGCAUUUUACACAUGCAACUACAAUGGCUGUGUUUUGGUUUCAUUCAUAAACUGCAUAGAUACAGUUUAAGGAAAGUACCCCUAACCUGUUAGGGUUAGGUGGUCUGCAUGGAAGUCAGGUGUGCUUUACUACCUAUCUGGUACCUUGACUGCUGCACCGCAACUUCACUAUAUACAAACAGGCUGCUUCCUGCACUGGCACCAAACAUUGACACAAACUGUGUGCUGCAGAACCCUGUGUACCACAAUUUCUGGCCACAGUUUCACCGGGCGGGGAAACCGUCAUGUGCACAGAAUCAAGCAGCGGAAGUCUGUCUAAUUUAUAAUGGCAAUAUCAGUUCAUGUAUAUACAGAAAACAGAUUUUAGAUCCUCAAAGACCAUUCACUUGUGUGAAGGCACUGGGUUUUGGUUGUAGUCACGUGUCACUAAUGACAGACGAGCUGCUGCUGAUUGAGCUUCAGUUCUUAAAGCAUGAAUUCAUAUCCACCAUAUAUCUGGAUAUGGUGGAUUCAUCAAAACUACCUUAUUAUUCCCAACCAUGACACUGCAGAAGGUUUUGUAAAAAAUAAUUUUAACAUUACAAAUAAAGAACACUGAGUUAAAAAUAUGAUGACAUUACAUACCACAGAUGGGGCUGGCAAAGGGAGACUAAGUUAAAACUCACUCUGAAGUGAGAGGCACCAGCACAACAGUGAUUUUGACGAAGAGGUAUACUCCUAUUACCUUUGUGUUUGUUAUCAUACCAAUGUGCUGCAUAAGUAAAGUGUGUUGUAUAUAUUGUGUCUUAAGUGCAAAAUCGUAUAUUGAGUGUAUGUAGAUUGUGUGAGACUUUUAUUUUCAUACUUAUUCAUGGGUAAGUUGUCUUUUCAACUCCUGUUUAAGAUCGUAGAAUAUAAAACACUUGUAUAUGUUGGUUGGGUAGUAUGUUUGCUACCUCUCACUUGGAUUUAUUUGCAUGUUUUUUCAAUGCAUCUCUGAUGUUUAUUGCUUCAUUGUGAAAGACCACUCAAUAUAUCAGAUGUAACAGCCUUACACUGAUUGUGGACAUCCACCUUGACUGAAGGAACAUGAAGUAGUACAACUAAUCAUCAACGUGCUUUAGAUAAGAAUGCAAAUGAAUAAAGACAGUUUGCUCACUUCAUAAAUAUAGACCAAGUUUGUAUGUGUAUUUAUUUAAAAAGGAAGCUGCAUGCAAGCAUGUUUUUGUAACCAGCCAAAUGCAAAACACAGUGUGUGAUAUGGACAUUUGAGCACACAAUGAGUGAAGUUUACAGCGUGGGGUUUAAACAAAAUGUUUCUCUGUAUGUAAAUAAUCUUAACUAAAGGUCCACUGGCCAUGAACUUGUAUCCACAUCUCAUAGUCUUCCACAACAACUGAAGAUUGACAAGCUCUACUAGGAACAGGACGCAUGAAUUGGGAUUGGUGUGCGUUUGGCACUACUGUUUAAAACUGCUGUUUCAAAGUUCAAUAAUAAAGUUUCAUACAAUAAA